UGGAUUACUUAGUUUUUAUAUUGGAGUGAUUGUACUGUUGCUUUAGUAAUUAAGCCUCCAUUAGUAUCUGUUUUUAACACAAUGUAUUAUUAUUCAAUUUCAGGUAAUGUGAUACUAGUGAUAGGCCUUAGAUCUGGUGAGUUAGACAUUCAGGCUGAGUUGUCAAACAUUCUCUUGUAAUAGUGUAAGCAUGUUAGUAUAAGCAUUUUAAAAAUUUUAUUGUGACAUAAGUUAAUUCAAGUGCCAUAUUGUCAACAUGGUUACUUGUUGUAUUAUUGGGUGCUCUAGUCGGAGUGGGCGUGACAAUGUCAAAUUCUAUCAAAUCCCUAAGGUACUGUCUCAUUGUGAUAAAACCUCUGAGGUGACAACAAGGCGACGAUUGUUGUGGUUUUCAAGAAUUCACAGAGCUAACAUAACUGAAGCCACAGUCACAAAGAGCACUCAAGUGUGCAGUUUGCAUUUUGUUGACGGGAAGCCUGCAUACCACAUGGAUGAACAAAACCCUGAUUGGGCCCCAUCAUUAAAUCUUGGCCACAACAAUCUUGCCCUACCUGAUUGUGCAAGGUAUUUAAGAAUUCAAAAUCGGCGACCUUUGGCUCCUUUAAAUCAAAAUAUUCAAGUUCAAGAAAAUUUAUGUGAAGAUGUAGAAAUGAAUGAACAUGUUAAUGAUCGCCCUGGCUUCUGCAGUAUUGAGUGUCAAACUGAUCUAAGCAUGUUGGACAUCCAAGCAAUGGAAGAGAAGUUGGAAAAAGCAGGGCCCCCUGUAUUCUCUGAAAAACAUCUUCAGUCUGACAAGAAAUGCAAGUUUUAUACUGGCAUACCUACCUUUGCUAUACUGAUCCUCAUAUUUGAUUUAAUUGCUCCUCAUAUUAAGAAGAAUUAUAAUAGUAGUCAAGUUGUUACCACCAAAUUUCAAGAAUUUGCAGCUGUGCUUGCUCGCUUGAGGCUUGGCCUGUUGGAAGAAGAUAUUGCUGAUAGGCUCCGGGUGACUCAGGGCACUGUUAGUAAAUUCUUCAACAUGUGGAUCCCAGUCAUGGCUCAGUGCCUCAGCGGUUUAAUUGUUUGGCCAGAUCGGGUAACCCUGCGUAAAACUAUGCCUCAGUGUUUUCAAGAUCAGUUUGGUAAAUCUGUCGCUGUGGUGGUGGAUUGCUUUGAGGUGUUUUGUGAAACUCCAUCAGGAUUACUAGCUAAGGCUCAAAUUUACUCACAAUAUAAACACCACAGCACAGUGAAGUUUCUCCUGGGAAUUACUCCUCAAGGAACUAUCUCCUACAUUUCCAAAGCAUUUGGAGGAAGAUCAAGUGAUCAAUUUAUCACUGUGAAUUGUCAGGACUUUUUAAACAAUUUACUGCCUGGUGAUGUGGUACUGGCUGACCGGGGAUUUGAUGUUAAUGAAUGUGUUGGCCGAAUGCAAGCACGUGUUGUCACUCCCUCCUUCAUGCAUGGGCGAAACCAGCUAUCUGCAGAAGAUGUUGAAGUAUCACGAAGAAUAGCUCAUGUCCGUAUUCAUGUGGAAAGAGUCAUUAGUUUACUUAGAAAUAAGUAUCUUGUCUUGAAGCAAACACUGAACUUCGACUAUCUUCAACAGUACUCUAAUGAGCCUGUAGCUCGUAUUGAUGAUGUUGUGUUGGUGUGUUGUGCGUUGUGUAACUUAUCUAGCCCUAUCAUUCCCAUGUCUGAUUCACCUGAAGAUUAA